GAGGAAGGAAACUUAAGUUCGUCUUUUUCAGAAAAACAAAGCUAAAGUUGCUGUGAGCAGUGAAAUGGCUGAAGGUGGAAUUUUACUGGAUCAGGACCAGUUCAGCUGUUCAAUCUGUCUGGAUCUACUGAAGGAUCCGGUGGCUAUUCCCUGUGGACACAGUUACUGUUUUGGCUGUAUUAAGGGCUACUGGGUUCAAAAUGAUCAAAUUGAUGUCUAUAGCUGUCCCCAGUGUAGAGAGACCUUCACUCCAAGGCCUGUUUUAAGAAAAAACACCAUGCUGGCUGAAGUGGUGGAGAAACUGAAGAAGACAGGACUCCAAGCUGCUCCUCCUGCUCACUGUUACACUGGACCUGGAGACGUGGCAUGUGAUGUCUGCACUGGGAGAAAGCGCAAAGCCGUCAAGUCCUGUCUGGUGUGUCUGGCCUCUUACUGUGAAACUCACCUCGAACUUCAUGAUGAACUCAACCCAGGAAAGAGACACAAGCUGACUGAUGCCUCUGGAAACCUGCAGGAGAAGAUCUGCUCUCGUCAUGACAAACUGCUGGAGAUUUACUGUCAGACUGAUCAGCAGUGUAUCUGUAUGCUGUGUAAAAUGGAUGAACACAGUGGCCAUAAAACAGUCUCAGCUGCAGCAGAAAGGACUGAGAAACAGAAGCAGCUGGGGGUGACACAGGGUGAAUUCCAGCAGAGAAUCCAGGAGAGAGAGAAGGAGCUGCAGGAUCUGAGACUCAAGGUGCAGUCACUCAAGCGCUCUGCACAGGCAGCAGUGGAGGACAGUGAGAGGAUCUUUACUGAGCUGAUCCGCUCCAUUGAGAGAAGGCGCUCUGAGAUGAAACAGCUGAUCAGAGAUCAGGAGAAGGCUGCAGUGAGUCGGGCUGAUGGACUCCUGGAGCGACUGGAGCAGGAGAUUGCUGAGCUGAAGAGGAGAGAUGCUGAGCUGGAGCAGCUUUCACACACAGAGGAUCACAUCCAUUUCCUCCAGAGCUGUCAGUCUCUCUUUGUCCCUCCUGGAUCUGAAGACUUUCCCAGCAUCACAGUGAGCCCAUAUUUUGAUUUUGAGGGUGUGAGGAAAUCUGUCUCUGAACUGAAAGUGCAGCUAGAGGACAUCUGCAAUUGGGAAUUCAGCAAAAUCUCUCAAACAGUGAAAGACGUCCAUAUCCUAGAGCCCAGCACCAGAGAGGGCUUCUUACAACAUUCCUGUCAGCUCACACUGGACCCCAACACAGCACAUAAACACCUCUGUCUGUCUGAGGGGAACAGAGCGGUGACCCAUAUGAAAGUGGUCCAGUCAUAUCCAAAUCACCCAGAGAGAUUUGACUCCUGGGAGCAUGUGCUGUCCAGAGAGGGUCUGUCUGGAUGCUGUUACUGGGAGGCUGAGUGGAGUGGGAUUGGGAUUACUUUUGCAAUGUCAUAUAAAAACAUCCGUAGGAAAGGGAAGGGUGAUGACUCUCAUCUGGGAUAUAAUAAAAGGUCCUGGACUUUGUUCUGCACACCCUCCAGAUUCUCUUUCACCCACAAUAGUAAGAUCACUGAAAUCCCUGUUCCUUCCUCCUGCUCCAGAAUAGGAGUGUACCUGGAUCACAGGGCAGGAACUCUGUCCUUCUACAGCGUCUCUGACUCAAUGAUGCUCCUGCACAGAGUCCAGUCCACAUUCACUCAGCCCCUCCAUGCUGGCUUUAGGGUUCGGCACGGAGCCUCUGUAAAGCUGUGUGAUCUGUGAGGAGGCAGAGAGGGAAGGAAAGAUCAGAGUAGGAGUGUACCUGUCUGAUGACCCACUGCAGUCAGAACAGCAGAAACCCUGCCCAUCUCCCCACUGCAGUCAGAACAGCAGAAACCCUGCCCAUCUCCCCACUGCAGUCAGAACAGUGGAAACCCUGCCCAUCUCCCCACUGCAGUCAGAACAGCAGAAACCCUGCCCCUCUCCCCACUGCAGUCAGAACAGCAGAAACCCUGCCCAUCUCCCCACUGCAGUCAGAACAGCAGAAACCCUGCCCAUCUCCCCACUGCAGUCAGAACAGUGGAAACCCUGCCCAUCUCCCCACUGCAGUCAGAACAGCAGAAACCCUGCCCCUCUCCCCACUGCAGUCAGAACAGCAGAAACCCUGCCCAUCUCCCCACUGCAGUCAGAACAGCAGAACCCUGCCCAUCUCCCCGCUGCAGUCAGAACAGCAGAAACCCUGCCCAUCUCCCCACUGCAGUCAGAACAGCAGAAACCCUGUCCAUUUCCCACUGCAGUCAGAACAGCAGAAACCCUGCCCAUCUCCCCACUGCAGUCAGAACAGCAGAAACCCUGCCCAUCUCCCACUGCAGUCAGAACAGCAGAAACCCUGCCCAUCUUCCCACUGCAGUCAGAACAGCAGAAACCCUGCCCAUCUCCCCACUGCAGUCAGAACAGCAGAACCCUGCCCAUCUCCCCACUGCAGUCAGAACAGCAGAAAUCCUGCCCAUCUCCCCACUGCAGUCAGAACAGCAGAAACCCUGCCCAUCUCCCCACUGCAGUCAGAACAGCAGAAACCCUGCCCAUCUUCCCACUGCAGUCAGAACAGCAGAAACCCUGCCCAUCUCCCCACUGCAGUCAGAACAGCAGAAACCCUGCCCAUCUUCCCAUUGCUAUUCAUUACUAAUAAGAAUGACACUCAUUUGAAAAAUCGUAGUUCCUAUGAAAUCUUUUUUCCUGGUAGUUUUUUCUGAUUAUACUUUCAGAUUAAUAUUGUUAGAGCAGGGUAAAGAUAAGUUUUGUCCAUUGAUACUUUCUUUUUGUAAAGACGUGUUUACUAGGUUAAAAUCACACUUGGUUGAUUAUUAAUGGUCCUUCUUGGCCUUCUUGAUGACUUCACACUUGGUAUUCCUCAGACUAAUACUAUUCUCCAGAAUGUUCUCCACUAGUGUACAUCACUCUGGAUAAGAGCAUCUGCUCAGUGAUUGUAAUUAAUGUGAUUUAAUGUCAUUAAUAAGUAGCUUGGUGCUGAAAUAGCCUGAUUUGAUUAUCAUGACAAUUUAUUAAAUUAAAUAUUGAUUAAUUCUAAUACUUGUACUGUGGAUAAGCCAUGCAGUCUGGAAUACUCAUUUUGUAUGUACUUGGUGCAGGUAAUAAAGCACUAGACAUCUUU